AUGUUGAUAUAUCGUCUAUCGCAAAACUUGCAGUUUAAGACACCCUUUGCUGCAUUUUAUCGUCUUCCGCCUUGUCAAUACGCAAAAUCCACGCAAUGGGGACUACGUUGUAUAUCAUUCUGGCAGCCCGUUAGUAGGGCUCCAGAUAAAAUUGAUUCUAGCGCUUCGACUGUCGAUUUGUACCCGAAGGUUGAAGGCGAAAAAUCUAUGGUCACCAAGCUUUGGCAGAGCAUCAAGCGAGUAGCCCGCAUCGAAGAGGGAGACCCUGACGAGCAGAUCACUGAAUACUUUCAGUACUCUGUGGAAUGUCUCAUGCGACAGCCUGGGGAGUUUACGUUUGACAAGUUUGCAACCUAUUUGGAGGAAAUAUGCACCAAAUUACGACUCAUUGGGAAGCGGCCCAUUCCCGACGAAGAACUGAAUGGCCCUUUGAGACAACUAAAGUUGCAACAUGAAAUGAUGAAGUUUUUAACCCCCAGAGAAAAGGAGUCCGAUUCUGCAACGGUAUUCAGCCAUCAGGCAAAACAGCUUUUGGCUGAAUCAGCGAAGUGCACCCUGAAGGAUGUGGACGACAUGUUGUACCACCACGACAUUUGCAAGACAGAUAGGAGUUGGUACUUCCGACGCAUAGUAUUGGGGCGUCACCUGCCCAUGAGCUACGAGGAGCGCGAGCAUCUUUCUUAUCAACGUCCUAUCGUUCGCGAAGCUGCACAGCUGUAUCCGGAAACUAGCUCUCUCGAGGCCUUGAAGUUGAAGGAAAUGCGUGACUCGAUUCACUAUCGCAAGCCCCCGUAG